UCAUAUUUUAGGACGGCGUCGGCCAUUCAAUAUAAACAUCUUCUUCUCUCUGCAGCUACAUCCUCUUUGUUGUGUGAUUCUGCAUUUUUCGGCGAUUUCAGUCUCCGGUUAGGGAAAUCCCUAGAAUCCUCCAUCUGCAACCAUGGGGAUAUCUCGUGAUUCCAUGCACAAAAGGCGUGCAACUGGAGGAAAGAAGAAGGCGUGGAGGAAGAAACGAAAGUACGAGCUCGGAAGGCAGCCAGCAAACACAAAGCUGUCGACUAACAAAACUGUAAGGAGAGUUAGAGUUCGUGGUGGGAAUGUGAAGUGGAGGGCACUUAGGUUAGACACUGGAAAUUACUCUUGGGGAAGUGAAGCAGUCACCAGGAAGACUAGAAUUCUGGAUGUGGUUUACAACGCAUCAAACAAUGAACUUGUUCGAACCCAGACAUUGGUCAAGAGUGCUAUUGUACAAGUUGAUGCUGCUCCUUUCAAACAAUGGUACCUUACACACUAUGGUGUUGAUGUUGGCCGAAAGAAGAAGACAACUGCUACCAAGAAGGAAACCGAGGAAGCUGAAGCUGUCACAGAAGAGACCAAGAAGAGCAGCCAUGUGAUUAAGAAACUUGAGAAACGUCAAGAGGACCGAAAGCUUGAUUCCCAUAUUGAGGAGCAGUUUGCUGGUGGUCGUCUUUUGGCUGCUAUUUCCUCAAGGCCUGGCCAAUGUGGUCGCUGUGAUGGAUACAUCUUGGAGGGUAAAGAGUUGGAAUUCUACAUGAAGAAGAUCCAGAAGAAGAAGGGGAAGAGUGCUGCUUAAGUUUUAAAAAUACUUUUUUAAUUGUCGGAUUGAAUGAUUAUUGUUUUUUUUACUUUCUAAUGGAUUCGAACUGAAGUUUUGUGACAUCUCUCUAUUUUUCAGAUAUUUUCUAUGAGCAUUGAUCUUAUUUAGUU